CCGCCCCCCCGCGCGGCGCUACUUAGCGGCGGAGCGGAGCGGGCGGCGGCACUGCGAGCUGAGCCGGGCUGACGGCUGUGCCGAGCGGAGCGGAGCGGAGCGGACUGGCGGCCGCCAUGAGCCAGCGCCGCGGGCCGCCUCCUCGGGCCGACAUGCUGCCCGAGAUCGCUGCUGCCGUCGGUUUCGUCUCCGGGCUGCUGCGGACGCGGGGCUGCGUCAGCGAGCAGCAGCUGCAGGUCUUCAGCGGGGCGCUGCGGGAGGCGCUCGCAGAACACUACAAACACCACUGGUUUCCCGAGAAACCGUUCAAAGGCUCUGGGUACCGCUGCAUCCGGAUCAAUCACAAAAUGGACCCCAUUAUCAGCAAGGCAGCUAGCCAGAUCGGACUCAGCCUCCCGCAGCUCUACCAGCUCCUGCCCAGUGAGCUCACGCUCUGGGUGGACCCCUACGAGGUCUCGUACCGCAUUGGUGAGGACGGCUCCAUCUGUGUCUUAUAUGAAGCAACAGCAGCCAAGCCUGUGAGCUCCUAUGGGAUGCUUACCUGUAAGAACCAGAUGAUGUUAGGUUGCACCGGCCCUUCUAAAAACUACAUCAUGACUGUCUCCAGCUAAAUACUCCUCUUGCACUUACACUGCCAAGACACAGGCUACUGUAUACCUCACCUGAGGAUCUAUUUUUAGAAUGAAGAGCUAUUUAUAUUUUUUAAGAAAAUCCGAAAAAAUCAAAAUUAAAAUACCGGGCGCUGCUUCAGACAGAAGCAGUGUUUUUAGGUGCCUUUUUUAAAGCUGUCGCAAGCUUGAGUUUUUAUUAUGAAGCUGAUAUCUACCUAAUUAGCAUUGGAUGGCAAUUUUGGUGGGCUUGCUUGCUCACUGGGCAGCUUGGAAUGGAGGAAGAGAGGGAGGAGGCCAGCUGGGAAGGGUGGCUGGUGAUGGCACCUGAGUGUCACCUCCUCUCCAUCCUGGUACCCAGCGCUGCUGUGGUGUCACCAAGCAUUGCAGUGCUGUUGGGGAAGGGACGAGUGAGUUACUGCAUUUCCUUCACUAACUCCUGCCCUAGCUGGUCUGAUCUCUCUGGGGAUAGUGUUUGGUAACCCCAAGGGCUGGGUGGUGCUGGGAACCCUGGGGUUCCUGUGUAGUGGAGGUCCCCAAGCUGAAUACUGUAAAUGCUGUGGUGGCACCUAGUGCUGUUUGUUCCUGGUGCUCUCCAGCACCUGGCUGUCACCACAGCUUGCUGCUCGCUGGGAAGGAUGCUCCAGGCCCUGAAACAAGCACUGAGCUGUGAGGCCUUUCUGCACUGGGGGAGUUCAGACAUCAGCCCGUGCCCUGCAGUUGCGUCCCCUCGUGUGUAAAAGUUGCCUAAUCCAAUGCUGAUGCUGUGCUGUGUCACUUCUCUGGAAGAGCUGAAGCAACUUGCCUUGUGCCCUAGGAGGUUGGUGUGUAAGUUCCCAUCUUGCCCUCUCUCUUUAAAUCCAAGAGUAUUGGGAGACUCUUUCCCCUGUGCUUGUGGCUGUCUGGGGCUGGGGUGCUCAGAUGCUUUGGUGGCUGUGUCGCUUUUAAAUUCACAUAUUUUCCUCCCCUGGAGCUGUCUCAGCUGAGACCUCGUGAAGGGGUAGUGUCUGGUUCUGGUUUCUUGGAACCUGUUUUGCACAAUGCCUGACCCUUCGCCUCUCGAAGCAGAGCUCCUCUUGUGGACCAGGUGGUACUUUGUGUUCAGGGAGGUUUACCUGAGUGGUGUUCAGGUGCUUGGCCCUCAGACUGCUAUGGCUGCUGCAGGUGGGGUGGCAACCAAAAGUGCUGCCCCAAACACUUUACCUGCUGGGGAAUGAGCCUUCUUUGGCGUGUGAUGUCCGUUGCCUUUCUUACGAACCAGCUAGUGCUCCUGCAAUGAUCCUGGUAGAAGUGAUGGGGAAAUCAGGGCAUUGACGUAGCCUAUUCUAAUGAAACUUCCUCAGAUCUGUUUUGCAGAACACUUUUUUUUUUUUUUUCAACCUUCCUCCUUCCUGAGCAAGCAGCUGACUGCCAUCCUAAAGCUGCUCUUUCCCAGCCUUGGGUUCAAGUUCUCAGACAAUUGUGCAAUAUAUUUCAAAACCAUGGAUGCUCUGGGAGAGGAAAGAAGCAUCCUGUCUGCUGCAGUUCUUGGCUUGUUUCUCAAUGCAUUAAAACAAAAAAGCGCAGCUCCCCAACUCUGACUACUUCUUACGUGGAAAAUUUACAGAUUUCUGUAGCAGUUUCAAAUCUUGAUUUCCUGAACUGGAAAACCAGCAUUUUUAUUAAAUAUCAGUGGUGUUACUUUGUCCUUGAGCAGUACUAGGUGGUGGUUCUGGAGUUGCAUCACUUCAGUUCCUCCCAUCAGCGAAGCAGAAGCUGAACUGAAGCACUGGGAUUUUCCCUGGUGCAAUAGGUGACAUCACCAAGAGGGGAGCACAUGGGAACUUCCAAAAAGCAAGUUCCCUUUUCAAAGGAAAAAGGAUCAGAGUUAUCUCUGGAGUCCUUGCUUAAAAUCUGCUUGUGUGGGAAGCUCCCAGUGAGAGCUGUGGUGUGCUCAGGAAAAGUGCUGUUUGCUCUGGUCUCUGUGGCUGGGUGUGGGGUUCCCUGGGCUGCAAUGUGGUCUGCCUCCCUGUUGCUGUUCCCUCCCUCUUAGCAGAAAAGAACUUUAGAGGAACAGCCCACACCAAAGGAAUACACUGUCCUUGCACUUACCAUGCCCUUGCUUCUAAUGCAAAAACAGCCACGUCCCAUUCCUUGUCCCUAGCGUGGAGGAGCCUGAUGUUCAAGUGUCUUGUUUGCUUCAAACCCAACCAAAUUCAGGUGUAACCCCUUCCUCUUGUAGCUGGUUACUUCUAAAAGCUGUGAAUUAAUGUCCUGUUGCCUUCUUGCCUACAAGCCUGAAUGGUGUGUUUUCAGAAGGUGUUUUGGGGGGUGGGGUGGGGGUGGGGGUUCCUCUCACAAUCUAAACAAAGCUGGACUGUUGAAUGGGACCUGCUUUUUGUAUUGGGUGGAUGUGAUGGGAAACUUGUAAGCUACAUGCGAAGGAAGGAGCGGAUGGUUACUAAUUGUACAGUAGUGUUUUUAUAUACAGAAUGUACAGAUCCUUAUGCUUUUGUUACUUUAAUAAAAAUGUAGCAGCAUCA